AUGGGUGAUCCGGGCGUCGCGAAAUCGCAGCUUCUUUCGUAUGUUGAUCGAUUGGCGUCACGCUCUCAAUACACAACAGGUCGCGGUUCGUCGGGUGUUGGUCUUACAGCAGCUGUAAUGAAAGAUCCAGUGACCGGAGAAAUGACCCUCGAAGGAGGUGCGCUGGUAAUGGAGCAGCAGACAAUUUCAAUAGCAAAAGCUGGUAUACUGACGACGCUGAAUGCGCGAGUUGCAAUCAUUGCAGCUGCAAAUCCAGCAUUUGGCCGGUAUAAUCCAAAACGAAACAUCGAACAAAAUAUCAAUCUUCCAGCGGCGCUUCUUUCACGAUUCGAUCUCCUCUGGCUUAUUCAGGUUCAUUUUUGCUCAUUAUGA